CCUCAUUGUGAAUCAAGGUGAGUCAGCAGAAGCCCAACGCUGUGGGCACUGAGAGCGCUGAGAGGAUGCGAGCCUUCUGUUGUGUGCCCGCCCCGAUUUCAAGAUUGUCGCGACGGCUUCUUCCAAAACUCACCCUCCGACAAUACUAACCCAACGGCAGCAGACCAAAUCUCUACAGAGGCACCCAUUCCGCCCAGAGAUUUGAAUCCCCCUUUUCCUUCUUUUUUUUCAGCAGAACACCGCGAACCGGUGUUUUUCAAGGAACAGGAACGAUGUCUUCUUUCGAGCCGGUGGUCGUCAUCGACGGCAAGGGCCAUCUCCUUGGUCGUCUUGCCUCCAUCGUCGCCAAGCAGCUUCUCAACGGCCAGAAGAUCGUCGUUGUCCGCACCGAGGCCCUCAACAUCUCUGGCGAGUUCUUCCGUGCCAAGCUCAAGUACCACGCCUACCUGCGCAAGAUGACCCGUUACAACCCGACUCGCGGUGGUCCCUUCCACUUCCGCGCCCCGUCGCGUAUCUUCUACAAGACCGUCCGUGGCAUGAUCCCCCACAAGACUGCUCGCGGUGCCGCCGCUCUUGAGCGCCUCAAGGUCUUCGAGGGUGUUCCCCCUCCCUACGACAAGCAGAAGAAGAUGGUCGUCCCCCAGGCCCUCCGUGUCCUGAGACUGCAGCCCGGCCGCAAGUUCUGCACCGUUGGCCGUCUCUCCCACGAGGUCGGCUGGAAGUACCAGGACGUCGUUGCCAGACUCGAGGAGCGCCGCAAGGCCAAGGGUGCUGCCUACUACGAGCGCAAGAAGGUCGCUCAGCGCCAGCUCACCGACGCGAAGAAGAACGCCAAGGUCGACCAGAAGACGGCGCAGGCCCUCGAGGCCUUCGGCUACUAAACGUAGUCGACAAAUCCCUUUCCGACGUUGAUUGUUCUUGGACCCGGCCCUGUCUUGCGGGAAAUGGAGGAGGAGAGGAGGAAGGGCUUUAUCCCCGUUGAGCCGCC